AUGUAUUUUGUGCCUUCUUCUACCAAAGAAGAUGUUGGUGAUGAUGCUCUGGAUGGUGAUGAUGCUGUUUUGUAUGAUGAUGAUGAUAAUGAUGAUGAUGAUGAUGAUGAUGAUGAUGAUGAUGAUGAUGAUGAUGAUGAUGAUGAUGAUGAUGAUGAUGAUGAUGAUGAUGAUGAUGAUGAUGAUGAUGAUGAUGAUGAUGAUGAUGAUGAUGAUGAUGAUGAUGAUGAUGAUGAUGAUGAUGAUGAUGAUGAUGAUGAUGAUGAUGAUGAUGAUGAUGAUGAUGAUGAUGAUGAUGAUGAUGAUGAUGAUGAUGAUGAUGAUGAUGAUGAUGAUGAUGAUGAUGAUGAUGAUGAUGAUGAUGAUGAUGAUGAUGAUGAUGAUGAUGAUGAUGAUGAUGAUGAUGAUGAUGAUGAUGAUGAUGAUGAUGAUGAUGAUGAUGAUGAUGAUGAUGAUGAUGAUGAUGAUGAUGAUGAUGAUGAUGAUGAUGAUGAUGAUGAUGAUGAUGAUGAUGAUGAUGAUGAUGAUGAUGAUGAUGAUGAUGAUGAUGAUGAUGAUGAUGAUGAUGAUGAUGAUGAUGAUGAUGAUGAUGAUGAUGAUGAUGAUGAUGAUGAUGAUGAUGAUGAUGAUGAUGAUGAUGAUGAUGAUGAUGAUGAUGAUGAUGAUGAUGAUGAUGAUGAUGAUGAUGAUGAUGAUGAUGAUGAUGAUGAUGAUGAUGAUGAUGAUGAUGAUGAUGAUGAUGAUGAUGAUGAUGAUGAUGAUGAUGAUGAUGAUGAUGAUGAUGAUGAUGAUGAUGAUGAUGAUGAUGAUGAUGAUGAUGAUGAUGAUGAUGAUGAUGAUGAUGAUGAUGAUGAUGAUGAUGAUGAUGAUGAUGAUGAUGAUGAUGAUGAUGAUGAUGAUGAUGAUGAUGAUGAUGAUGAUGAUGAUGAUGAUGAUGAUGAUGAUGAUGAUGAUGAUGAUGAUGAUGAUGAUGAUGAUGAUGAUGAUGAUGAUGAUGAUGAUGAUGAUGAUGAUGAUGAUGAUGAUGAUGAUGAUGAUGAUGAUGAUGAUGAUGAUGAUGAUGAUGAUGAUGAUGAUGAUGAUGAUGAUGAUGAUGAUGAUGAUGAUGAUGAUGAUGAUGAUGAUGAUGAUGAUGAUGAUGAUGAUGAUGAUGAUGAUGAUGAUGAUGAUGAUGAUGAUGAUGAUGAUGAUGAUGAUGAUGAUGAUGAUGAUGAUGAUGAUGAUGAUGAUGAUGAUGAUGAUGAUGAUGAUGAUGAUGAUGAUGAUGAUGAUGAUGAUGAUGAUGAUGAUGAUGAUGAUGAUGAUGAUGAUGAUGAUGAUGAUGAUGAUGAUGAUGAUGAUGAUGAUGAUGAUGAUGAUGAUGAUGAUGAUGAAGUCGUUUAG